AUGUUCUCAGUUGUGUUGAUUCUGGUGCUGCUGAAUCCAACGACGAUCGAGGUGCAUGAUGGUAAAUGCACCAUCCGCCAACCCCUCUCAAGCCUGCACAAACAUUAUCAAGAAGGAGAUCUCAUCAUUGGGGGAAUUAGUUCUCAUAUUGACGUUAUCGCACAAUUGAUGGAGUUCUCAGAACUGUCGAGUUACAUGGAAUAUGGUAUGCCCUUCGUAGUGACCAAUCAUUAUCAGCAUGUCUUGGCCAUGGCUUUUGCCGUGAAGGAAAUCAACGAAAACCUCCAGGUACUACCCAAUGUCACUUUGGGCUUCCACAUCUCUAACAGCUACAUGAAUGCAAGAGAAACUAUAGUGACGAAUCAUUACCAGCAUGUCUUGGCCGUGGCAUUUGCUGUGAAGGAAAUCAAUGAAAACCACCAGAUAUUGCCCAAUAUCACUUUGGGCUUCCACGUCUCCAACAGCUACAUGAAUGCGAGAGAAACUUAUCGUUCCACAAUCGAUCUUCUCUCUACAAAGAACAGAUUUCUCCCCAACUACAAGUGUGACUUCCAGAGCAAUCUAAUCGCAGUCAUUGGAGGACUUGAAGCUGAAACUUCGCUGAAUAUAGCAACAGUGCUAUCAACCUACAAUAUCCCACAGGUGGACGUGGAUUGGGCUGUUUGUUGUGGAGAGGAUGAACGGGGAGAACGAUUCCAGCAAGCCAUACUUCCUCUGUUUUCUGAGAAUGGCAUCUGUUCGGCCUUCAUACAAACACAACCCCAACCCAAUGUGAUGGAUUAUCAAUUUGAGAUGAUGCAGAAGAGAAGGGAAGAUUAUGAAAUAAUGGUGGAGAGUAAUGCCAAUGCAGUUAUCCUUUUUGGAGAUACUGCUUCUAUCUCAUAUAUGAGAGUGGGGAUUAACAUCUUAGGCCAAGACAUCACAACAGCAGCACUUGAAGGGAGAGUGUAUAUUAUGACCAUUCAGAUGGAUUUUGCAUCAUAUUAUUAUCAAAGAGACUGGGACAAACAGAUCUUUCAUGGCAUGAUAUCCUUUAUGGGUCACACCAAUGAGCCACCAGGAUUCCAGCGGUUUCUUCAGGGCAGAAAGCCCUUUAUGACUCCAGAAGAUGGCUACAUCAGGGAAUUCUGGGAACAGGCAUUCCUCUGCCAAUUCUCAGAUUCACUGGAGCAAAAGCGGUUUAAUAAACAUUGCACUGGAGAAGAGCAGCUCGAGAGCCUUCCUGGAGACGCUUUCGAAAUGAAUAUGACUGGCGCCAGCUACAGUAUCUACAACGCUGUCUAUGCUGUGUCUUAUGCAUUACAUGUGCUGUAUUCAUCCCCUUGCGGGCGCAGAAGGACUGUGAAGAGAAAGGAAUGUAACCUGUUCUGUCAACCAUGGGAGCUCCACCGCUUUCUGAAAAGCGUCUCAUUUAACAACAGUGCCGGGGACACAAUUUCCUUUGAUGCCAACGGACAAGUAGCGGCAGGGUUUGAUAUUGUCAACUGGAUUGCUUUCUCAAAUGAAUCAUUUUAUAAUGUCAAAAUUGGCGAGUUUCACCCAGAAGCUCCUACGGACCAAAUGCUCACCAUUAAUGACGACGCCAUCACAUGGAAUAGCCAGUUCAACCAAGCAAAGCCCCGUUCUGUCUGCAGUGAGAGUUGCCUUCCAGGUUAUCGGAAGAAAAUGAUAGAGGGGGAGCCAUUCUGCUGCUAUAACUGCAGUCUUUGCCCAGAAGGGAAGAUUUCUAAGGAGAAGGACUUGGAUGAGUGUACCUCUUGCCAAGAAGAUCACUAUCCAAACAUGGGACAAAAUCAAUGUAUUCCCAAAGAUAUUAUUUUCUUGUCUUACGCAGAGCCAUUGGGGAUCGCUUUAGUGACUGUUGUCCUGGGCUUUUCCUUCAUCACACUUCUGGUGCUCGCAAUCUUUGUGAAGCACCGCAGCACCCCCAUUGUCAAAGCCAACAACAGGAACCUCACCUACGCGCUCCUGAUCUGCCUUCUCCUGUGCUUCUUCUGUGCUUUGCUAUUCAUUGGUCGACCACAACUGGUGUCAUGUCUCCUCCAACAAACCAUAUUUGGCCUGGUCUUCUCAGUUGCCAUUUCCUGUGUGUUGGCCAAAACUAUCAUGGUGGUUCUGGCUUUCCUGAGCGUCCGUCCAGAGAGCAGCCUGAGGAAGUGGGUGGGGAAACAAGUGGGCAAUUCAAUUGUGAUCCUCUGCUCCCUUUUCCAAGCAGUCCUUUGCUCUGUGUGGCUGGCAACUUCUCCCCCAUUUCCAGGUGUUGACAUGCACUCAGAAACUGAAGCAGUUGUACUGGAAUGCAAUGUGGGGUCUGUCACCAUGUUUUACUUCGUCCUGUGCUACAUGGGCUUCUUGGCCAUGAUAAGUUUUGGGGUGGCCUUCUUGGCCAGGAAGUUACCUGACAGUUUCAAUGAAGCCAAAUUUAUCACUUUCAGUCUACUGGUCUUUUGCAGUGUUUGGCUGUCCUUUGUUCCAACCUACCUGAGCACGAAGGGGAAAGCCAUGGUGGCUGUUGAGAUCUUCUCUAUCUUAGCCUCCAGCGCUGGUCUUCUGGCCUGCAUCUUUGCCCCAAAAUGUUACAUUAUUUUGCUGCGGCCAGAGCUCAACAACCGGGAACAGCUGAUAAGAAGGAAAGGGCCAUAA